UGGUUGGUGGUGUGGGUGAAAACACAUUUCCUACUGAAGAGUUCAGACUUCAAGUGCACCUUUGUGUGACAGUCACUGUCAGCAUGUCUGCUGUCUGGUUAAAGCUCCUAAGCCUCCUUACUAUCCUCUCCUGCCCAGCCAUGAAUGGCCUAGUGAGCAGUGAAGUGAUAUGGAGAGAUCUUGGAGAAGCAGUCACUAUCCAGUGCAGACCUUCCAAACCAAAUCAAGGCCAAGAGUACCUGACUCUGAAAAAGGGUCUCAAUGAGGAGUAUGAUGUUUUGUACAAAGAUGGCAAGUCAGAAAAAAACACCAUUCACCCAAAAUUCAAGGGCAGACUUCAGCUAAAUGGAGUAUUCCCCAAAGUGGACAUUCUCAUCAAAAACUUGACCUCUAAUGACACAGGACCGUACUGGUGCGUGUACAAGAAGUUUGACGUGGUGUUCAGUAAAACCCUGGAAAUGAAAGGCACAGGGUCUGUUCUCCUGUUGGUGGCAGGUGGUCCUCAGCACGAUUCAAUAUGUGAACCAUCAGACAAUAAUCUGGUCCUGGUAAUUGUUGUGAUCUGUGCUGCGCUGCUGGGCAUCAUUGUGUGCUUCCUCAUAUGGAUCAUCCUUAAGACCAAAACUACCAAAAGGCGCACCAAAAUGAAACCGAGGAACGUCACCAACAAUGAUGUUUAUGAGGACAUGCGUGGAACAAUCAGACGCGCUAAAGAUGUCAGCCUGCACGCAAGCAACCUGAAACUCCACCAUCUCUCUGCACCACUAAGAUGCAAGUUAUGCAUGAGGAGCAAUGUUGCAACUCAGCAUAUUCUCUGUAAUCUAUUCUGGCCCUCUGUGUGUCUGGCUGAAAGACAGUUAAGAAAAUAAAGUCUAUGAAUUGCUAAAAGGUACAACAUGGGAACACCUGCGCUGCCAAUGAACAACCGGCACAACUGGCACAAAAAAUACAUAACACAACCCUGAAAGUAUAGAGAAGUACAAAUGUCUUGUCUGGAUUGUACUGAUAUGAGGCCCUGACAUGUACAGUAUUUGUUAUGUAAAUAUGUCUUCUUCAGUAAUUUUGUAUACAGUAUUUUUGUACAAUGUGAUGAUUAGUUGAAAAGAAAGGCAGGAUUAACUUGCCAUAUAAGAUAAAUACUAUGUAUUGUGAUUAUAUUAACUGUAAUUAUGUGUCUACAUGAAUAAAACAAUACCUUAAUACCA